CUGGUAGUGAACCGUAAUACGGUCACAUUACUGCUGUAAAAUGGCCGAUGUGGACGUCUUUAUAAGCAACUACACCCUCGUGGAUCCCGAGAUAUACCAGCUAUGGAUCGAAGGCUUCUCUUCGAGCGAGGCUGUUUCUUACCUCAAACAGAAAGGCUUUGGCCACUCAAUGGGUGCACCCAGCGAUUUGAUAGCUUCAGAUGUCUUGGACCACUACCGCACCUACUCUUUAAUUGAGCUUUACCUCAACGCACCCACCAAACUGAUGGAACAGUCCUGCUUCCAGCUGGAGCCACAUGUGCGAGACCUUAUCACCGAAAAAUACUACUCCAUCGACGAUGUGGUGGCCCGGGAGAUUCUCGGCAAGAAGCUGAGCUCCCGCUACCGCAAGGACCUGGACGAAGUAGCUGAGAAGACUUGCGUCAAACUGAAAUCGGUUCGCCGACAGUUCGACAACGUUAAACGCAUAUUUAAGUCCGUGGAGGAAAUGCCUGGCACUCUGACCAACAACAUAAAGCAGCAUUUCAUCAUUUCAAAUGAUCUGGCAAAAAAGUACGCCUGCAUUGUCUUCCUGGCCUGUCUGCGCUUCGAAACCACCAAGAAGAAGCUUCAGUAUCUGAGUUUCAGUGACCUGUUGACCUGCUCUCAUGCCAUCAUGAUCUACUGGACGUACACUUAUCAACACACGGGCCCCGAAUAUUAUGACACUGAAAUGGACAAGGAGUUCCUCUUGGAUUUGCGUGAACUGAGGUGUUUGCUGGACAAGGAAAAGGAAAUUAAGCAUCUCGUCUGCAUGCGCCUGAAACCCGUGCUCUUGGAACGCGCCUUUCAUGAACUGGAUGGCAAUUUUCGCUCCUACUGGCGCGCAUUAAUCACAAUUGCCUGCAAUUUGCAUCGCAAUCGUGAGCUUCGCGAUCUCUUUGUGGAUCUCUGUGAGAAACUGAUUGAUCCUUGGCGGCAGAAUGGCUGGAAUCGCGAGCAGGUGAACAAGUUUUUGGCCUCCAUAACGCAGAGCGUCUUGGAACUGGAAAUAUCUAGGGACCAAGAGACUCGUUGUCUUUGGGAUCGCUACAUGCAAGUCAUAACCAUAUGCUUGGACAAAAUGUAUCACAUUUAGUUAAUAUGUAUUUAUUAUAUUAGUUGUUUGUUUUACGUUAUGUGUGUUACCUAGCAAUAAGGCAUCAAUGAGUUUGUGUAAAUAUAAAAAGUGGAAGAAAACAUAUUAAAAUAAAAUUAAAAUAAAUAAUAAUAUUUUUAAAAACUAGAA